CAAAACCCUAGGCACAAAAAAAAAAAAAAAAAAAGGGGCAAAAUUUUUUAUUUUAGAUUUCGUAUUGAAUUUUCUAGUUCAAUCUGAAAAAAUUUUCAAAAUAUUUUUACCUCAUUUCCUUGAUCGGUGAAAAGGUAAACAGUCUGAGAAUACAUAUACAUACAUACAAACUUGAUGGAAAGCGGUGGCAAAGGAAGAGAAGAGGAACAAGACGGCAUGUCCGUGCAUUCUCCAUGCAAAGCUCCACCUUCCUCCGCUUCUUCUCUCCCCAAGGAACAAUCACAGGUUGAAUUGGAGCUAAGAUUGUUAGAAGCUCUUGAAAUUUACCCUCCCGUUAAAUUACAAGGCAUACAUCGCCACUUUGUCCUCUUUGGUUUAAUGGAAUUUCUGCGAAGAAGCUUUGACAGGCAUUUCUCGUCCGAUGAGGUUCUGCAGUUGCUGGAUCGUUUCUAUAACUUAGAAGUGCUGAAACCAGAUGACGAGGAGAUGGAAAUCCUGAAUCACGAGGAAGAAUUUUGCUUGCCUCAGAGUUUCUUUGUCAAGGAAGAAUCAUAAUUGACACUUUUUAUAUACAUGAGAUGUUAUAUUCCUAGAUGAUGGUAAUUUUAGUUUUACAUGACGGUGGAUAAAUGUCAAUAGAAAUUACAAGGCAAUCCUAAACCUCAAGAGGAGAGAUUAGCAUUUUUUUUUUUUUUUUCCAAUUUUUAGGACAUAUUUCAAUGACAGUCCUUAGGGUCGAAGGAAUUGCUACUUUUCUCUUUAUGUUAUUGCGUGUAUCUACUAAAGCAAACUAGUUUUACACAAUCUUGAUUUUUGAUAAAAAAAGGUAAGUGAAUACGAUCACUUUUAUUUUUUUUA